AUGUUAAUGUCGACUGAAGCUUUUAUUGAUGAAGCCCUUGAAAAGUUGAACAUUUACCUUCGAUUCAAUCAGCGGAAAUCUAAUUUGGAAAUGUAUGAAAAAGCUGUGAUAAUAGUAAUACAUGACGACGAUGUCGUCCCACCAUUAACUUUCAUUCACAAAUUACAAUGUUUGUCUUCAACUUAUGCGACAAAAUUUAUGAAUAAAGCCUUGUUUCGAAAACAUCAACAUCCAUUACACAAUUUAGCAAUCCACCGCAUAAAAAAUCGUUUUGCAAAAUUAAUUGAUCAAUUUGUAAUCAAAGCCCAUUAA